AUGGUCAGCUACUUGAGAUAUCAGACAUUACAUGAUGUUGCCGGUGUCAAACUUGUAUUUGUUGACUGCAUCAGUCUUCAUUUAGAUUUCGACGAGAAGUCCCGUGAGUUACGCAUAUUUCGAUUCCCAUCGUUAUGCAAACUAUUGUGUCAUUCAAGAGAGUACAGAUGGCUAUAUUAUGAUCCCCGACCCUCGGCAUCCCAGACCUCUCAAAUUGGUUUUGAGACAGGACAUUCUCAAGCAUCUGACAUGUAUCGCGAGGUGCUUCUUUCUUAUAGGCUCAUCUUUGGACAGGAUAAAAAAUCGUGGAAGGCCUGGAGAAACUUCUACAAAGCACAGAACGUUCCUCCGGGUAUUGAGGAUCCUCUCUUGCGGAGACUGUGUGGGCAAGACUGCCGCUACGAAACAACUUACGAGGAGAUCAAAGCACCGGAUGUAGCAGCGCAAUACUCGGCAUCAGAAGAUUUUCCAUUUUGGGGAGCACGCCUAUUAAAGAUCCAACAAUUUGUGGUCAACAAGAAUCCGAGUGACUGGAAGACGCUGUGGAAUGACCGCCGGGACGUUUUGCGCUUCUAUACUUUCUGGGCAGUUGUGGUGGUUGGGGUCAUGUCACUCACCCUUAGCGUUAUACAAAGCAUUGAAGGUGGUAUACAAGUGGCAUAUGCUAUCAAAGCAUACAAUGGGCAAGGCAAACAAGGGGCUUAAGCAUUAG